CUUUUUAUAUGACAAAUUUGAUUAUAGUUAUGAAAGAGAACACAAGUAACUUGGCAAUACUCUAAGAUAGUAAGAUCACUUGGUCUUCUCACUCCAUAACCAAACCACAGUUACUGAAAAGAGAAAUGGAAGCAACCAUCUCAACUACCUCCACAGCCUCAUCAAUCACGCGCACUAGCUUUGUACAAAACAGACCUCUUGGGAACUCAUCCUCUUCUAUUCUUGCGUUGCCUACAGUGUCAAAGUUGGGAGGAAGAAUAAGGUGCUCAAUGGAAGGAAAGCCUUCUAUUGAGGAAGAAAGUAAGUCAAAGAUGGGAAUGGGAGCCUCAUCAUCCAUAUUAGGUGUCGCCAUUGCUACAACCAUGUCAAGCCCAGCAGCCAUUGCAUUGGUUGAUGAGAGAAUGAGCACUGAGGGAACUGGGCUUCCAUUUGGGCUUAGCAACAAUAUUCUUGGGUGGAUCCUUUUUGGUGUAUUUGCUCUUAUUUGGUCUCUCUACUUUGUAUACACUUCAACUCUUGAUGAGGAUGAGGACUCAGGUUUAUCCUUAUAAGUAAGGAGACUUGUACCAAUGACAAAUUGUCUUUUAAAGAGAGAGAACUUUUUUAUUUAAAUUAACUAAAUAUAUUAUUUGUCGGAAAAAAUAUUACCAUUUUAAAUUAACGUUACACAUUCUAGUACUGGCCCAAAUUUUAUAAACAACACAAGAAUUUAGGAGAAGACAUAUUUCAAAAAAAAAAAAAAAAGGAUAUUGAGGAUAUGAGAUAUGCUCUGCAUAAAAUUAGGGUUAGUAUAUUUGGGAGUACGUU